AUGGCAUCCUACUCGCGUCAAGUCUACGUUGCUGAAGACCCUGGUGGAGUUCUUUGCGAUAUUGAAGUCGACGAAGAAGCAAUGAUGUCACCGCAUCGAAUCGAUCAAGGAGGCAUCCCGCUCGUCUGCUACGCUUGCGAAAAGAUUCCAACCUUCUCUGACCUUUCUCAUCUGAUCACCCAUGUCAGCUCAAAGGCCCACCUACUAGAGCUUUACAACCUACGCAUCAAGAGUUAUGGCAAUGAAGCAUGCGCUGCUCAAGCUCGCAAGUUCGAAAUCUGGAACCAGACAUACAACAUUGACCAGUUAGUUCGGCAGCGUAUGGAGGCAAGGGACGAAAAAGGUAUCCAGCCACAGCGACGUGGCCGUCGCGGUAAUGCGAACUCCCGUGGCCGCAGUCGCAAAGUUCCUGAUCUUACGGAUAUUAAACACGAGCCAGAUGGUGACAUGAGCUUUGGAGAUGGCUAUGAAGACCUACAAGGUUCUUCAAUUCAUUCUUGGCAAACUAACCUUAACCCGCUGAUGCCCCAAGAGGGUGAUCUCGAUCUGAUACCACAGGGAAACUUCGAGGACUGGGGAGACGAAGAAGAUCUCGUAAAAUAUGAGUCUUCGGAGGCUGAAAGUUCCUACCCAUCGGAGAACCUCACUGAGGUCACAGAAGUUAAUGAGAACGAUACGGGUAGUCUUAGUCUCAAGGGUGUGGUAUAUCCUGGCAUGGGUCUCUUUGAUGCCGCUAAGGAGGAACAACGGCGUAAGAGAAACCAGCGUAAGCCUCCCGCUGUUCUUUUGCAACUGGAAAUCAACUCGACAAUGGUCACAACGCAAGAAGAUGUAUAUGAUUUAAAUCUCGAGUACCAACGAUCUAGGGAUGUUUAUGAUGAUCCAUCCAUCGAUGGGAGCGAGCUCGAGGACGAGGACGAUGUAGAGAGAAAGCCUAGACGCCGAGGCACCCAAACUCAUGCAACGUUGGUUUCCAAGAGGGCAAAACAACGUACUUCAUCUCGUGAUAUUCGCACCACACGUACUACUCGAGCAGCGGCACAGGCUGCACAACGGUUCACAUCGACAGAAGACUUCAUUUCGCCAGCGCACAGUCGAACUUUGAACGCCGGGGGGAGGAUUGCGAGAUCUGCUUCAAACUGCGGUUCAGUGUCACAGGCCCAGCUACCCCUUCAUAAUCAUGGGUUUCAGGGAGAAAGUAGCCUAAUCCAUGAUCCUUUAGCUAUGGACAAUGACUUAGGUUGGGUGCAACCCCCUGAAUUUGCCGGUGACACUCCGGCUGACAUUGAAGAGCAGAUGUUGCCGAUACCCCCCCUGGUAGACGAAGGCGACAGUGAGUCAUUAAUAAUGUCCCAAUUCGCGUAUAAUGGGCUCACAUACAUUGACAGUCAAGACCGUCUACCCGGCCUUGCCUUACGACCAGGCAACCCGAAUCUGUCAUUCGCGUCUCCAAGCCCUAGUCUCAAACGAUCUUCAUCUCAUUUUCUCGGAAAGGAGAAUGAUAGCUUAGCACGAAAACCGCCGGUCGCAUCCUCGAACCCCUAUUUACGGUCUAUGAAUUCUACCCAUAAUGAGAAUUAUAACCCGCUUUAUGUCCAGCCUCAAGACGGACUUGCGUUUCGCAUGUACGAUACGUAUGAAGAGGACGUAAAGCCGGUAACAGGUUUCCAUCCUGUCAAUGGCCACGACGGGUUCAACUCUUUACAGAUGCAGGCUCAUCAUAGUGCAACGUAUGCCCCCAACCAGACCGGUUCUGGUGAUUUCGAUAUUUAG